GUCUUUAAUUGUCGGUGAAUCAUAUCCCUUUUUAGCGGUGGAGAUUUAACAACAGCACGUCGGCACCAACAUAUUCACCACUAACACAACGAAGGAUGGAUUCACUCAUUGACCACCACGCACGUGUGACUAAAACGUUAUUUUUAUCUUAUAAAUAUUGCUAGAUUUCUACAUUACUUACAACAUAGGAUCAUCAAGAUGGAGAAACAAACUGAGAAGGAAACAAAGCCAACAACCGAAAACGAACCAGGUAAAGACAGCACUGAAGGGGUUCCAUUUAAUAAGGACAGUCCUUAUCUGAAAUACGAUAACUUAGAGGAUUAUAAGAAACAAGGUUACGGUACACAAGGUCACCAGCAACCUACGGAAGGUCGUGGAGCUGGUUCUACAGAAGCACCAACUCUCUCUGGUGCUAAUGUUUCAUCUGAGGCUCAGUUCAAAGCUGCUGAUGCUGUUAAUCGAGAAGGAGUUCCUUAGUUUAUGUUCUGUCUAGGGUUUCUUAAUUUGUGUUUUAAUAAGAUAUUGUGUUUUAAGUUUGUGAAGUUGUCUUUGUGAGGUUUUAGAUUGUUGUAAUUUUUAUGUUUUCGUUUAGGUUCUUAUUGGAUCUGGGUUUAUUAAGAUGGAUGAUUUAUUUUAAAUUGUGAAGUCAGUGUUGUUUA